AUGAUAUGUGUUGUUGUUGUUGUUGUUGCUGUUGUUGUUGUUGGUGGUGGUGGUGGUGGUGGUGGUAGACCUGAAGAUCGAACGAUAAGACGAAAGGUGUUGUGGGCGUUAAACGCCACACGUUAUGUGGGCGUUACCGUCAUCAGCUUACAGUUAGAACAACAUUCCCGAACUGAACAAGUGACGGAAGCAUCAGUGACGAGAGUGCACGAGAAUGAUUAG